CAGGGCCUGGUGAGCCUCCCGCCGGGGCAGGGCACGGUGCCCCUGCAGACACUGCCCCAAGCUGUGUGCCCCUCGGACCUCCAGCAGCUCUGGAAGGAGGUCACGGCCGCCCAGCCCGUCGAGGACAGCAUUAAGCAAGAAGGUCUUGACCUCACCACCAACACCUCCAACUCUACCUCGUUUUCGGCCGCCAAGGUCUCGCCUCCCAUUUCCCAUCACCCUCUGCCCAAUGGGCAGAGCACCAUGCACACGCCGAGAAGGGACAGCUCUUCCCACGAAGAGACCCCUGGCUCCCACCCGCUCUACGGCCACGGAGAGUGCAAGUGGCCUGGCUGCGAAACCCUCUGUGAGGACUUGGGACAGUUUGUCAAACACCUCAACACAGAACAUGCACUUGAUGACCGAAGCACGGCCCAGUGUCGAGUCCAGAUGCAAGUGGUACAGCAGCUGGAGAUACAGCUGGCCAAGGAGAGCGAGCGGCUCCAAGCAAUGAUGGCCCAUCUUCACAUGAGACCUUCAGAGCCAAAGCCUUUCAGCCAGCCUCUGAACCUGGUCUCCAGUGCCACCCUCUCCAAGAGCACUUCCGACACGUUCCCCGACGGUUUACCUCAUCCCCCCACGUCCGCCACGGCUCCCAUCACUCCCCUGCGCCAGGGCCCCUCCGUCAUCAGCUCCUCCACGCUGCACAGCGUGGGGCCCAUCCGCAGGAGGAACUCGGACAAGUUCUGCACCCCGAUAUCUUCAGAGCUUGCACAGAAUCACGAGUUUUACAAAAACGCAGACGUCCGACCGCCCUUCACGUACGCCUCGCUCAUCCGGCAGGCCAUCCUGGAGACCCCCGACAGGCAGCUAACGUUGAAUGAAAUCUAUAACUGGUUCACGCGGAUGUUUGCCUACUUCAGGAGGAACACAGCCACCUGGAAGAACGCCGUCCGCCACAACCUGAGCCUGCACAAGUGCUUCGUGCGCGUGGAGAACGUCAAGGGCGCCGUGUGGACCGUGGACGAGCACGAGUACCAAAAGCGAAGGCCACCAAAGAUGACAGGGAGUCCAACCUUAGUCAAAAAUAUGAUUUCAGGACUCGGUUAUGGAGCACUUAAUGCAAGUUACCAGGUAAGGACCUUCAGCUUCCCCCGGCUGAACAGCCCCACCAUGAUCAACACCAGCUCAGCCAGCGCCAUGCUGCACGUGGGCCACGACGACGUCAGCAGCACCGUGGAGCAGGUCAACAGCAACGGCAGCAACAGCCCACGCCUGUCCCCACAGCAGUACAGCCAUCCCGUGCACGUGAAGGAGGAGCCAGCCGAGGCGGAGGACGACAGCAGACCUGUGUCGCUGAUGGCCACCACCAACCAGAAUGUGACGAUCCCCGACGACAGGGACCUGGAGGAGGAGCUGCCGGUGGAAGACUUGUCCUAA